GGCCAGUGAUACCAUUGAGAAUGUGAAGGCUAAAAUUAAAGACCAGAAAGGAAUACCACCAGACCAACAACGACUCAUAUUUGCUGGUAAAGAACUGGAAGAUAGACAGACCCUGAGUAACUAUAACAUUCAGCAUGAGUCUACUCUUCGCCUUCUUCUUCGGCGUUAUCAGAUAUAUGUGAGGACUCCCACAGGCACAACCAUCACUCUUAAGGUAGAGGCCAGUGAUAACAUUGAGGAUGUGAGGACAAAAUCCAGCCUGAAUACAAAUUGGGGAUACCGAUACCCCAACAACAAAUUGUCUUCAAUGGCCAGCAGCUAGAAGAUGGAAAGACUCUGAGUGACUACAAUGUCCAGCAUGAAGACACUCUUCAGUUGGUCUGGCAGAUAGAGAGGGGUAUGGGAGUGUUUCUUGAUACACCAAGCUCAACCAUGGCCCUAGAGGUAGAGGCCAAUGAUGCUGUUGAAACUGUGAAGAAUAAAAUUCAGAGAAAAUUUGGGAUUCCCCGAAGGCAACAACAACUUGUCCUCAAAGGCAGACAGCUGGAAGAUGGUCAAACCCUAAGUGACUGUGGUGUCCAACAUGAGGACACUCUUCAGCUGGUCUGGCAGGUAGAGAGAGGGAUGGGAAUAUUUGUGAGAACGCUGACAAACAAGACAUUCGAUCUGGAGGUGGAAGCCAGUGAUACCAUUGGGAAUGUGAAGGCUAAAAUUAGAUAUCAGAAAGGAAUGCCACCAGACCAACAACGACUCAUAUUUGCUGGUAAAGAAAUGAAAGAUGAACAGACCCUGAGUGACUCUAACAUUCAGCAUGAGUCUACUCUUCACCUUGUUCUUCGGCGAAUAGAAGGUUAUCAGAUAUAUGUGAAGACUCCCACAGGCAAGACCAUCACUCUUAAGGUGGAGGCCAUUGAUACCAUUGAGAAUGUGAAGACAAAAUCCAGACAAGGAGGGAAUACCACCAGACCAACAACAACUCCAGUUCAAGAAUACAAUAUUGGAAGAUAACCGGACCCUGAGAGACUACGGUGUUUGGAGCCGGGAUACUCUUUAUCUGAGUAUUACUCUAGGAGAAGAUGAGUCCAGUGAAUAUCUAAAAGAAGCAAUGAAACAAGGCUAUGUCUAUGUCAAGCUGGUGAAAGUGGUGGUGGUAGGACCUGCCGGUGUUGGUAAAACCUGUCUUCUCUACCUCCUGCUCAGCAAGGACCCACCAGACCAAAGAACUAGCACUGGCUGUGCUGAGAGAUCAAUCAGAGUCAUUCGUAUCGGCAAAGAAUCAGGAGAAUGGAGCGAAAUUCCCCCAAUGGAAUUUGAGGAAAUGAUUGCAGAGGCAGUCCCAGUUCUGUAUGAGGAGCUGAAGGCCAAAGGAAAGGGAAUGGACAAGCUGGCUGAGGUUCUGUCUGAAGUGGUGGGAGAGGGUGUGGGGGAGAAACAGAGUGUGGUUGAAGAUGGCGAGAUGAGAGAGGAUGGAGUAGUUGAGGUAGAUAAGGAGGGAGAGGAAGUACGUAGCAAAGGCCUCCGGGAAGAGUCAAAAGAGAGUAAAUCAAAAAGCAAUCCCAGCACUUCCAGUGCCGAGGAAAGGACAGUCACAAUCAGGAACGUCAUUCAGAAGCUCAUUCAACUCGUGAGCGGUGGGAGAAAGUCACGUCGUCUGCUGGACAUGGAUCUGAUGUACCUGACCGACAGUGGUGGCCAGCAAGCCUACUGGGACCUCCUCCCUAUCUUCAACCAUGACAACUCAGCCACUCUGUUUGUCCACCGGCUGUGUGAGAAACUUGAUGAACACCCUCGCAACGAUCUCUACCAGAGAGGGAAGCAGGUUGGCCCCAGCCAGAGAGCCACACUCACCACUGCCGAGGCCUUCAAGACAAUGCUUCAAGGGCUCCAUAAAGGAGGAGAACACUCAAAGAUCAUCGCAGUCGGCACUCACAGAGACAUGGCUGGAGAUUGCGAGGAAACCCCCGAGGAGAAGAACCAAAAGUUGGCAGUCAUUGCAUCGCCCCAUUUCAAAGACAACAUUGUUUACUGCAACGAGGGAAUGGAGGAUAUCAUUUUCCAAGUCAACACCAACAAUCCCGAUAGUGAUGACAAAAAGGAAGCAGCCAAAAUCAGAGCCUGCAUCGAGAAGGGUGCCAAGACACACGAGAUUCCAAUCUGGUGGUUCAUUCUCCAGCUCAUCCUAGAAGCCCUGGCCCUCAAACUGGGGAGAGAGGUCCUGAGUAAGGAAGAAGCCAUCCACGUGUCAGACUCACUCGGUUUCCCUGAAGGGGAACUCGAUGCUGCCCUCACUUUCUUUGACAAGUUGAACAUCUUCCUCUACAAGAAGACCAUUCUUCCCGAAGUCGUCUUUACCAAUGCUCAAGUGCCUCUGGACAAACUCUCAAAACUGGUGGAGAAGCAGUACCAUCUGAAGGCUGCCAUGGUUGAUCGAACAAAAGCAGCUGAUCAUGCAAUCACAGGGGACUGGCAUAAGUUUCGCGACAACGGAAUCCUCACUCUUGAUUUCCUUGAGGACUCCAAGAACCACUAUGUGGAGGGAAUAUUCACAGCCAGAGAUUUUCUUGUCUUGCUUGAAAAGAGCCUCGUGGUUUCCCGACUGUCUAGAACUGAAUACUUCUUUCCUGCCAUUCUCAACAUGACGACUGAAGAAAAGAUCAGUGAAUGCCUUGAAACAUGCAGUAGGACCAAGAUAGCAGCUCUGGUGGUGGAGUUCCCCACUGGCUGGGCUCCUCCCGGUGUCUACUGCUGCAGUGUGUGCCACCUUCAGUCCCACUCUGGCUGGGAGGUGGUGGAAAACAGACGCAUAAAACCA